UGACGUAUAAGAUGAAGUAAGACAUGAUCGAGAUGAAUUGCUCUGAUGAAGAGGAUAUUUACCAGCUGGGCGACAAUGAGACAACCAACCAGCUGAUUGAUCAGCUGAUUAGAGAGUUCAGCAAGGCUCAGCUGAGGUACAGCGAGGUUCGCCAUAUCGUGCUGAUAGCUUGCUACGUACCACUCUUCCUGAUAGCUGCUGCUGCUAACUCUCUUAUCAUCAUCGUCGUCUUCAAGUACCACUAUAUGCGCAGUGUGACCAACUACUUCUUGGUGAACCUGUCAGUAGCAGAUCUUCUGGUGACGUUUAUCUGUAUGCCGAUGGCUGUGGCUCAGUCCGUCACGGGACUUUGGCUCUAUGGGGAGACUAUGUGCAAGCUGACGUCAUACUUACAAGGUGUUAGCGUAGGAGCCAGUGUCUUCACCAUCACCGCUAUGAGCAUAGAUAGAUACUUGGCUAUCCGACAUUCUAUGGCAUUCAGAAAAGUGUUUAACCGCAAGUCUACAAUAUAUAUGAUACUGUUGCUAUGGGCGGUGUCCCUGGCCAUAUUCCUCCCCGUGUUGUGGGUGCGACAGACAGAGCUGGUGGACCUGGGGGAUGAUCCUCGGUUGUCAGCAGCCGUCAGGAAGUACAGUCUCACCUGGUGUAUAGAGGACUGGCCACAUCGCUCCAGACACUUCUAUGGGGUGUUCUGCUUCGUGCUGGUGUACCUGACGCCAGGGUGUGUGGUGAUCCUGGCCUACACGCUGAUGGGUCGUAGACUCUGGGUGGUGCGGCCGCCGUUUGACAAGGACGAAGGAAGCGUCAGCAACCAACAGGUGCGGUUAGUAAAGGAAAGAAGAAGGGUGGCACGUAUUCUGCUGCUGCUCGCAAUCCUGUUCGCACUCUGUUGGCUUCCUUAUAACGUCCUGUCCCUUCUGCUAGACCUGGACCUGAUAAUACCUACUACGCUUAUGAAGUGGUUCCCCUUCACACUGCUGCUAGGACACGCCAACUCUGCCAUCAACCCUCUCCUGUAUUGCUUCAUGACUCGCAACUUCCGUCGCACAGUCCGCAGUCUCUUCUGCCAGACAGGCAUCUCUAGACCUCGUCCACGACAAAGGAUGAAAAAUCGCAGCGCCACGUCGUCCAGUGGAUACGCUUCGCACCACAGUCCUCAUCGGCGCUGCUACGUGCUCAGCCAGCCUCAGCGAACAACAGGCACCCAGCUGCGAACCCUCCACCCGCUGUGA